AUGAAUUACUGGGUCGAGAGAUGCCUGGAUCCAAACUGUAACGGAACACUUGUCGAUCAAGUUCUCGAGUUUGGAAGUGGACGGGUUUGUAAUGUCUGUUCCCGAAGUACCAAGACAGAGUUUGUGAAAACACGUGUUGUCGACUUAUACAACGAGGCCCCUUACUCGCACGACCCAGUUGAACGAUUCGCAAGUCUUACUGGAACCAAGAGAAAUUUUGGUACCGAGCUGCCACCAAUAGACAUGGAUGAAAAGAUAGAGACGUUUCGCAGGGUCAAGUUUCUUCACCCAAUGCAUCCAUUAUCAAAUGGCAAGGGCUGCUAUGACCCCAAGCUAAACCCUGCAGUCGCACACGCAUUUUCGGGCCUUGCAGCCCUUUCACCUGUAGAAGGAACACAUUACGAGAACCCAGUCGAAGAUGCCAGGGAACAUCUCGAGACUUCCGUCAAACUAGGUAUAGUGGCCCAGAAGAUCUUUAAUCGACCUAGCUUCUAA